AUGGUCCUCGACAACGACCCGAUAGGAACGAGUAGAAGAGGUGCGCAGCUGGCAAGAUGGCUCGACCAAGUAGAAGCCGACUUGCGGAUCCUACACAGACUGCAUGGCUGGCGACAAACAGCUAUGGGCCGAGGUCAGGUACAGCCACAAAUCACACAAGCAAUUCGUCUUCCGGAGAUUAGAGUCCCAGAAUUCGAUGGGAAUCCGGAAAAGUGGAUUGAGUUCCGAGAUCUUUUCAAGUCGCUUGUUCACGCCAAUGGGCAUCUAACUUCCGUUCAAAAAAUGCAUUAUUUGAAGGCUGCAUUGAAAGGUGAAGCACAUCAAAUAAUUUCGUCAAUUCUCGUAUCCACCGAAAAUUAUCAAAUUGCGUUGAAAGCUAUCGAAGAAAGCGAAUCUGCUUCAGGGCUAUCCGAAUUGCUCGAUCAAUUUGAUCGCCAUGUUAGUGUGCUGAACCAAUUGGACGGUCCAGAUCGUCACUGGAAUUCGGUCCUCGUGGAGAGUCUAAGUCGUCGUUUAGACUCAGUGACAUUAAGGGAAUGGGAAAAACAGUGCAAAGAUAAUGAGCGACCAACGUAUGAACAAUUAGUGAACUUCGUCAGAAAACAAGCUCGUAUGUUACUAUCGGUGAAACUAUCCCAAAAUGCAAGUGUAUUUAGCAAUGAUGAGAAGCGACCAACCAAAACGGGUUCGACAUUGGUCGCCACCGAACCUUCGAUUAGAUGCCCUCAGUGUGGUUAUCACAUGGCUAAAAAUUGUAACUCGGCUAAUUGUGGAGUGUGUGGAAAUCGGCAUCACACACUAUUACAUCUGCCGACAGCAGAUAGUUUGGAUCGUUCUCAAACUAACUCGAGAGUAUCGCACUCAUUUAUCGCUAAUGAACAAUCGGUAGAAAGUGAAGAACAAUUAUAUCCUAAUCAGUACAAUACGCAAUCGUAUAAUACAUCACCGUCGGGUUCGAAAUCUACGCAUAUGCCAGUGGUUCAUACCCUCGCGACUCUCUCGUCGACUACAUCUACCACAGUGAGUUCAUUAUCUGCACACUCUGAAGGAAAUAAGCCAGAGUCAACCUUAACACAGAUGUAUCCGUCGCGUAAUAUCGGGUGUGAAGUGUUUCUAGCAACAGCCUUGAUCAAGGUGAAAGAUUUGUUCGAUCGUAAUCACUUCGUGCGUAUCGUGUUGGACAGUUGUUCACAGUGUAAUUUCGUUUCGGAGUCCCUAGUUAUGAAACUUGGACUCAAGCGUAGUAAAACAAACGUGGAUGUGAUCGGUGUCGGCACGGGAAAAGUACAUAUCACGGAAACAGUUAUGCUUAAUAUAAAGUCUCGAGUAAGCAAAUUUGAAGCUGCAGUGUCAUGUCUGGUUAUCCCGAAAAUACCGGCGAUUUUGCCCAGUAAAAACAUCAACAUUUCGAAAUGGAAUAUACCGUCGAAUGUAGUGCUCGCUGAUCCUCGUUUUAACAUUAGUGCGGGAGUUGAUGUUCUCGUCGGCGCGGAAUUAUUCUUUUCGUUGCUAGAAUCUAGCCGAAUUUCGUUUGCUCAAGGUUAUCCUCUAUUACAGAGUACCGUAUUCGGAUUCGUGGUGUCGGGAAUGUAUUCAUCUGCUGCAAAUCAAUCGCCGAUUUGCAUUAUUAGUACCGCCAAUAGUCUAGAAACAAUGCUCCAAAGGUUUUGGGAAAUUGAAAAUUUCGACGUCGGUAGAGCGUUAACUUUAGACGAGCAACGGUGUGAAGAUCAUUUUAGAAGAACUGUGUCGCGGGAACCUGAUGGAAGAUACGUGGUUCGACUACCGCUACGCGAAGACCGGUUACCCUAUCUUGGAGACGCGUAUCAGCUGGCUCAGCGCCGGUUCCUAUCAACUGAACGGCGUUUCAGGACGGACUCGAACCUCCGUGACAGCUAUCAUCGAUUCAUGGAUGAGUACGCAAGAUUGGGGCACAUGCAGCGCACUACGCAUACAGUUACAUAUGGCACAACGUGUGCUCCUUUCCAAGCUACGCGAGUUUUGAUGCAAUUGGCAGAUGAUGAAGAGUCGCGGUUUCCGUUAGGUGCAAAAAUAAUUAGGAAAAACACUUAUGUUGACGAUACAUUGGCUGGUGGUGACAAUUUGAACGACGUUGUCAAUGCUGCAGCGCAGUUAAGGCUGCUAUUAGCCGCCGGCGGUUUCAGUCUUCGGAAAUGGUGUGCUAAUGACGCGAAGGUUUUACGGGAAAUACCCCCUGACCUAAUUGAGAUGCCGAGUGAGAUUAAAAUAGAUAGGUCGUCGUCAGUGAAAACUCUAGGGUUGCUCUGGAAUCCUCACAUCGAUCAAUUUGCUUUCAAAAUUCCAGAUUUAUCCAGCACAGAUACGAUCUCUAAACGCGUUGUUGUAUCGGAAAUGGCCCAAUUAUUCGACCCCAUGGGCCUAGUCGGAUCGGUAGUUGCAGCAGCUAAAAUCUUCGUACAGCGUUUAUGGAUAGGUCAGCAUACGUGGGAUGAACCACUCCCGGAUGAGUUGAAAGACUGGUGGCAAGAUUAUCGCGAACAACUGCCGCUACUGCACCAGUUGAGAGUGCCUCGACGUGUAAUCACUAAACUUAAUCGACUGAAUCGAUUCCAGGAGCUAAGACGAUCCGUCCAAGAUUUUUGGCGCCGGUGGUCCCGCGAUUACGUGAGUCAACUCCAUCAACGACCGAAAUGGCAAACCGAAACGCAGCUCCAUCCCAUCGAAGGCGUUUUGGUAUUGGUCAAACAAGAGAACCUCCCACCUCUACAGUGGAACUUAGGACGCAUUGUACAAACGUUUCCAGGGAGCGACGGUCACGUCAGAGUAGUCCUAGUUCGCACCGCAAAUGGACUGUUCAAACGCGCCGUCACCGAGGUAUGCAUCCUCCCAAUAGACGUCCCACAGAAGCCAGGAACAAUCGAGGACCAAGUGUUGACCGAACCAAAAUAG